AUGUCAAAACCAGAUGAAUCAUAUGAAGAUUUAAAUGAAGAUUAUAAGAAAAUAAAAUAUGAAACUAAAAUAAAAAACAAAGAAAUAUAUAAUCUAUCAUUAGUUUCAAAACAAUUUUUCAAAGUUUUAUCAAAGAAAUUAGAAGAUAAAACAUUUCCAUUAUUUGUACCGAUUUUGGACCAAAAUGGUAAAAGAAGUUUUGAUUAUAAACCACCCAAGGUUUUCCAUUAUGAAACAAUAAAACAAGUUAAGUACAAUUCAACCAAGUAUGAAUUUUUUUCAGUAGUUGAUAUUUUCACUAUUGAUUUUACAAAAUGCGAUGAUUUUGAUAAAAAACAUAUAACUCCAAUAAUCAUUUCUCAAUUAUUAUUACCAACAUUACCAUCUUUAAAGUAUACCAAUAUAGAAAACAUAUUGCCUAAUAGUUCUUCUAAUCGUUAUCGUUUUUAUAUAAUAUUUGAUUUCUACACCGCAAUUGAAGAAAUCAAACUUUCUUUUUUGUUUCAAGCAAAAGAUUCAGAUUAUGAUAGACAAUCAAAAUUAAAAUACUUUUUUAAUUCAAUUUGGUUGUUAAUUAAAAGAAAAUCAAAAAAAAAUCAAAUAAAAUUUCAAGUAAAACUAUGUAUGCAUAAAGAUACACACUUUGAACGAUACUUUAAUUCACUCACCGACAUAUCUAAAAACCAAAUAAAAGUUACAUUAAUAUAUAUUUAA